GCUGCCUCCGCUCCUGGCACUCAAUACCCACCCUGGGAACUCUGGAUCCCGCCGCUGGGGCUGCAGCAUGGGGCGCUUCCGCGGGGGCCUUCGGUGCAUCAAGUACCUGCUGCUCGGCUUCAACCUGCUAUUCUGGCUGGCGGGGUCGGCUGUCAUCGCUUUUGGACUAUGGUUUCGGUUCCGUGGCACCAUGAAGGAUUUCUCCUCGGAGGACAAGUCCCCAGAGUACUUCUACAUAGGGCUCUACGUGCUGGUCGGUGCAGGGGCCCUGAUGAUGGCCGUGGGCUUCUUCGGGUGCUGCGGAGCCAUGCGGGAGUCUCAAUGCGUGCUUGGAUCCUUCUUCACCUGCCUACUGGUGAUAUUUGCUGCUGAAGUAACCACUGGAGUGUUCGCCUUCAUAGGCAAGGGUGUAGCUAUACGACACGUUCAGACCAUGUAUGAAGAGGCUUAUAAUGAUUACCUUAAAGACAGGGGGCGGGGAAAUGGGACGCUCAUUACCUUCCACUCCACAUUUCAGUGCUGUGGGAAAGAACGCCCCGAACUGGUGCAACCCACGUGCCCAAAGGACCUUCCAGGACCCAAGAAUUGCAUUGACGAAAUCGAGACCGUAAUUAGUGUUAAGCUCCAGCUCAUCGGAAUUGUCGGCAUUGGAGUUGCAGCUCUCACGAUCCUUGGCAUGGUGUUCAGCAUGGUCCUUUGCUGUGCAAUACGAACCUCCAGAGACGUGAUAUGAAGCUGCUUCCAUGAGAAAACUGCAAUCUAGAGCUUCCAUAUACACGUGACAGGAGCUGUCUCCUGGCUCAUUUUUCAUAUUCAAAGGACGUUAGGAUUUAAAUACUUUUCUCUCAAUUGUACAUUUGCACAUGUAUGUAUGUUUGGCUCAUCACUGACUUACCCCUCGAGUGAAUGCCUACGUACACUGA